GAGCUCGUGCCGUGUUUUCCGAUCUUUCGUGGUUCGUCUGUCGGGGCCAAGGAAGAUGAUGAUUGACAUUUGGAAACGAUCCGAGUCUGCUGGGUUUAACUAUCUGAAUCAGAAUCUACGUAGGCAGCGAUAUUGUUAGAUUGGUAACCUACCUAGUUGUAUUUUUCUGAAGGACUUGCAAUUAUGAUAUGAAUUAACUGCGAGAAAACUCUUUUACAACCGAGUGGUUACGAUGCCGAAUAUUUAUAAGUUGGCGGGUGUCUCCGCGGUGGCUACGAUCUUAAUAAUCAUAUUCCUCACACAAUCAGUCGACGUCGAAUAUCAAUGGCAACGCAUCGCGCACGGCGGAGAAAAACCCUCGCAAGAGGGCGCUAUAGCAGGCGGGACGCCUCUGCGCAUCAUGUUCCUCGGCGCCUCGGUCACGCGCGGCGAGGUGUCGACCGGCGAUCGCGGAUACCGGAAGCACCUCCGCGACGGGCUCACAUCGCGGGGCAACCCAGUUAACUGCGUGGGCUUCAACCGGUUCGGCGACUUCCCCGACAACGACGUGGAGGGCUACGGCGCGAACCGGAUCAGGCAGAUCCGCGAGCACGCGGAGCAGGCGGUGCCGUACCUGCAGCCGAACCUCGUGCUCAUCCAGGUCGGCACCAGCGACUGCUUCCAGAAGGACGACCCGGCCAACAUCAUGGCGCGGAUGCGCGAGCUAGUCGAGUACCUGCUCGAAGCCUCGCCGCGGGCGACGGUGAUCAUGUCAACCGUGCUGACGACGCCCAACCUCGAGUUCGAGCCGUGUAUGAAGAGCGCGAACGCGCAGAUCCGGCAGGCCGCUACGGACCUGAUCCGGGAAGGGAAGCCGGUCGCGCUGGCGGAGAUGCAUUACGACCAGGGGCGACCGGGGCGACCGCGGCCGGAGGAUAUCGGGAACGACAGCAUCCACCCGACCGACGAAGGGUACCUGAUGAUGGGGGAUAUCUUCAUGGAGAAGAUCAGCGAGGUGGGGAAGAAGGGUUUCAUAAAGUACCCGGUAGACAACGGGAUCCCUGAUGACGGGGAGACCAGCAGGGAAGUAGAGGAUCAGUUAAAGGAGAAGGCGGAGAAGGGACAUCCCCUCGGGGGGUAAGAGUUGAAGAGGGCAGGUCCUGGUCCCGAUUUCGGUCCCGGUCGUAAGGGAAUAAAAUAAAAGUAUUAAAAAUCGCGGUUGUUUGUACUACGAGAGUACAUAGGAGAAAGAUGCCUCGGGAUGCUGUCGUUUCGUAUAGAAGCCUGCAUAAUGGACGAACAUGGUUUGCA